AUGCAUGAAUGGGAAGUUGUUGAUGAUUUCUCUUCCAACACCGAUCACCAUCAAAGUUCCGCUUCUUCUGACAACGUGAGCACCGGUGACGAUACUGGUCUCAACACCGGUACACUCCAGAACCUUUGGAGGAGCAUCCACCUCUUUUGGACCAAACAGCUUACGGAUUUCGGCAGCGUUUUCUUUAGGAGUCUUCUUCAGGUCGAUUUGGUAGGUCUUGACUCUUGGAACGAUCUUCUUGGCGAAGGCCAGUCUUUCAGCAGACAAGUCUGA